AUGAAAGCAGCCGCCAAACUUCCCCUAACGGAUGAGUGCCACCAUUAUAACUCCAAGGCCGAAGUACCUUGGGAUCUUCAAAAGUAUUUUUCUCAGCGAUACUCGAUAUUCUCCUGGUAUGACGAAGGCGUCUACCUAACCGAUGCUGCCUGGUUUGGCGUGACCCCCGAGCCUGUAGCCAACACCGUUGCGAACGACAUGUCCCACACUGACGAGUCUAAACACUUCCUCGUCGAUAUUUUUGGCGGCGCUGGUGGCAACACCAUCGCUUUUGCCCUUUCAGGUCGUUGGGACCGCAUCAUCUCCAUCGAGCGCGAUGCCGCCACUCUGGCCUGUGCUCAGCACAACGCCGAGUUGUACGAGGUUAGCGAGUACAUUACCUGGGUUCAUGGUGACUGUUUCGAGUAUCUUGAGAAACUCAAGAACUCGCCCGAUGAGCUGAGUGAGGAGCUCCGCUUACCUAUGGCUGAGACUGUUAUUUUUGCCUCGCCACCUUGGGGAGGCCCUGGGUAUAGGUCAGCAGAGGUGUUUGAUCUGAGCAAGAUGGAGCCCUACAACCUGCAGCAGCUGUAUGAUGCUUGUAGCCCAAUGGACCACGCAUUGUUCUUGCCACGAACCAGCGAUCUAAGACAGAUUGCAAAGCUGGCACCAGAAGGGGAGAAGCUCGAGGUUGUGCAGUACUGCAUGGAGGGCGCGAGUAAGGCCAUGGUGGCGUACAUACCAGGGACAUUAAAUACGAAGAAGUCUACGUAA